UAUAAAUAGACAUUUUAAAAAUCAACAACAUGAAAAUAACACAUUUCAUUCAUGCAGCAUGGUGUGAUGAUGAUUGAAUGCUGAUUCUAGAGAUAUAAACUCUACAUUCAACAUUGUGUCUAGAGUCUAAUACUCAAUCUAGUUCUAAUUGAAGUAGAUUUUUCCAAGGCUCGUCUCUGAAAUCAAAAGUAAAUUGACUCAACUCUAAUUGAGGCAGUACUAAGAUCAAGAUGGAAGCUACAACUGAAGUAGAUUUCUACACAGAUAUGCAAGUAGUCUUACAGAUGGCUAAAGAUGAUGGAAAAACCUUCAAUGCAUAUGACAUACUAUUACAAAAAUUAUGCAACAAAGAAGAGAAGGCAGAUGUAGUCAUAAAGCUUUUGGGAGAUCUUGAACAGCACGUUACUUUAUUAACUCAAGACUAUCAGUCUUUGGUUUAUCUUAUUAUGGGAAUGGAUUGGCUGGACAGAGGCCCUGAACUGAUCACUGCAUACAAAGCUUUUAUUUUAAAUCUUGUGUCAGCACAAACUUUUUAUCUCAAGCCUUUAGUCAGAAAACUGGUCAAAUCAUUUGUUCCAGAUCUUACAGUUUUAUCAGUACCUGAAUCAGAGAAUUAUGAAUCAAUUAGACAAAAAUUAGCCAAUGACUUAAUGCAUAUUCAUUCUCUGCUGAAUUCUCUCUCACAGCUUGUACCAGUAACCCAGCUUUUGUUAGGACCUAUCUUAGAAGAAUAUUUUCCAUACAUCAACAAAGGUGUUUUGUUUUUUGAAUACUACACCCGAGGAUUACUGACUGUCAGCCAGUAUAUGCCUGCUUUGAGGCUGCAAAUUUUAGAACUGUUGAUAAAGAAUAUGCUGAAAUUAGAUGUGAGAUCUUCUCGUUUGGAUAUUAAUACAGCCUUGUGUUUGUCAGACACAUUGAAAGAGGAAGUAGAAGAUACUCAAUUUGAUGUGGACAUUGACAGUGCCUCGGGUGCUAAUGACAAAGUAGCCCCAGGUAUAAGCAAGGAGGCCAAGGAAACUCAGUUCAAUACAGCCUUACCUUUAGCUGGCUCACUAGAUGCCAUGAUGUCUUUAUGUUUGGACUAUAUCAGAGAUACUUGUUUCACAUCAGGUAAACUGGAUUGGAAUGCUACCAAGAAACUGUACAGAGAGCUACUAUCAAUCUUUGACAAAUACAUUUUCCUAACUCAUGCUUCUUGUCAUGUCCAGUUUUUAUUGUUUCAUGUUUGCAGUUUGAAAGAGGCUUUGGCAGAUGGCUUUAUUGAUUAUUUAUGGAAAAAAAUCACAGAUCCCACCAAUCAGAGUAUCUAUAGACAAACAGCUGCCUGUUAUAUUGGAAGCUUCCUCACAAGAGCCAAAUAUGUUUCCAUCAAUACUGCUAAAGAAGUGAUGGAAUUAAUGUUGAAAUGGAUACACAAGUAUAUUGAUCAGACUGGAGAGGGUGUCUUACAUGCAGAUAUAGCCCAUCAUGGAACUUUCUACUCAGUCUGCCAAAGUGCAUUCUACAUUUUCUGUUUUAAACACAAUGAUUUUAUGCAGCUGAAAAAAGGUUUCAAAUGGGCAGAGUCAUUAAACUUUCAGAGAGUAAUAACCUGUAAACUGAAUCCUCUCCGCGUUUGUGUCCCCAUCAUUGUGAAAACAUUUGCCUCGGCUACAAGAUUACACCAGCUAGCUUUCUGUGAUACUAUUAUAGAACGCAACAAUCGCUAUUUCUUGCCUGUAGCAGCUUGCACUAAUUCCAUAGAAGUGACAGCAUUUAAACAAUUAGACUCCUAUUUCCCUUUUGACCCAUAUUUAUUGCCAAGGUCCAGUUCUCAUAUCUCUCCCCUAUACCAUGAGUUUCAAGGCAGCUUGCCUGAUGAAGAGGAGGACAUUGAUGAGGAUGUGGAUGACUUUUUACCAGAUGAAGAAGAAGAGCCCAAGCCUAUGUCUAGUUCAAUGCCCAAGGGAACAUCAGAUUUUCUAGCCUAUGGGAUUUCACCAGGAUUCCAGCAUGGCUAAUUUAAUUUCUUGAUGCUAGAACCUAACACAUGACUGGCUGUGGCCUUGUGUUGUACACCAGGUUACUGUAGCUACACCUGAAUAAGGCAGUAGGCUUAGACACUGAGACUGAUAUGUAGAACUGAACAAUGGGACCAUCUCAACUUGAUACCACAAUGGAGAACUGGUACAGUUUACAACAAACCAACACAUAGUUAUGUUUUUCAAAUAAGUUUUAAAAAAAAACAUCUCCUGUGAUGUAAUUUAAAAAAAAAUUGGUUUUGUAAGUUUUAACAUAUCUGAUCUAUAAACAUUUUCUCAACUCUACUAUAGAAAUGUGUGAUCAAAAAUAGAUACACACCAUUUGUUGAGCUGGUAGAUUGUAUUAAUUUGUUGUUGGUAUAUAUGUUUUAUUAUGAAAAAAAAAAGGCAGUUUUGAGUUGAAUGUCCAAUUUAUCUAACUUUUAGUAAGGAGUCAUUAAAAAAAGUGUCAAUUCCAAUACUUGGUGGAUGUGUUCAUAAUCUGUUUGUUUAACUUAUAUUUUUUAUUUAUACAAUGUACAUACCCCCCACCCACACAUUAAGUCCAGAAUGUCAUAUAGAUAGUGACUAAAUGUAUGAAAUUUGUCAAGCCUUUUGAAUUGGAUGUAUUUAUAGAAGUCAUUUUAUGAAAUCUAUGGAAGUGUUUCUAAAUCUUGUUGAAUGUGUUACUUGAUGCUAUUUAGGUUCAAUUAUUGAAAGUAUGUGUAUUUCAUCUGCAGCUCUUGGAGUGAAAUUCUCAAUGUGAACCUGUUGCUUGUUUUUUAUUUCAAAUGUUACAUGCAAUGUAAUAAUAAAACAUUGAUUGUUCUACACUA